UGCACAUCUGGAGAUGAGCUUUGAUAAUGGCAGCAAUUUUGGUAGCAAUGAUAGCAGUUGCCAUUUCAAUGAAGAAUUCAAAUACAUCUUAUUGCCAGUGUCCUAUGGAACAGUAUUUGUGGUUGGCCUUGUUCUCAAUGCCGGUGCACUGUGGAUCUUUAUAUGCAGGCUGAGACCAUGGAAUGCCACUACAACCUAUAUGUUUAACUUGGCCCUUUCAGACUUUCUAUAUGUGCUAUCUCUGCCACUCCUCACAUAUUACUACGCUAAUCGGAAUGAUUGGCCAUUCGGUGUGGUCCUAUGUAAGUUAACCCGCUUCCUUUUCUAUGCCAACCUUUACUCCAGCGUCCUUUUUCUUACCUGCAUCAGUGUGCACAGAUUCAUAGGCAUAUGUUACCCUUUCCAAUCUCUCAAAUGGAUUAAAGUGAAGCGGGCCUGGGUUGUAUGCCUGCUUGUCUGGGCAAUCGUCAUCAUCUGCCUCAUUCCCAAUUUGCUUUUCGUCACAACAAGCAAAUGGGCUGAUGACACACUCUGUCACGACACAACUCGUAGGGAAGAUUUUCCUCAGUAUGUUUCAUACAGUUCUGCUAUCAUGGUGAUUCUCUUUAUCAUACCAUUCUUCAUCAUUGUCAUCUGUUACAGUUUAAUGACCAAAGAAUUGGUCAAAACCCCUAUAUCUAAAUCCAGUAGAACUUCACACGAUGUUAGAAAGAAAUCCAUUAAAAUGAUCAUCAUCGUUUUGUUUGUCUUUUCCUUGUGUUUUGUACCUUUCCACAUCACAAGGACAAUGUACUACACCUUCAGGGUACUUGAUAAGAGCUGUUACUCACUUAACAUUGUGAACUUCACAUAUAAGAUCACAAGACCACUGGCCAGUGUCAACAGCUGCAUUGACCCUAUCUUGUACUACCUGGCUGGAGACAUUUAUCGAAAAAAGGUUGUGCAUGCUGUGAUUAGGAGAAAAGGUUGUGUUCGCCGAACUGUAUCAAACAUGGACAGCAAAAUGAAUGAAAAGUCAGUGAUUAACACUGGUACUCUCUAUUUCAUCACUCAGGAUCAGAGGUGA